GACUCCCGGCAGGAAGAAGAAGAAGACGUUUCUUUACAAGAAGCAGAGAGAAAUAGACGCGGAACAAUGGCGGAUUCCUCUGAGUCAUUCCACAUGGCCACCAGCCCCAGCAGAGCCUCCCGGAGAGGAGACAUGACCUCCAGCCCGGGGCGAGACCUGCCACCCUUCGAGGACGAGUCUGAGGGGCUGCUGGGAGAUGAAGCAGUGCCUGUGGAGGAGGAGGAAGAUGGGGACGGAGAGGAGCUGAUCGGGGACGGGAUGGAGAGGGAUUACCGAGCCAUCCCGGCGCUGGAUCAGUACGAGGCGGAGGGUCUGGACCUGGAUGACGAGGAUCUUUCGGAGCUGUCGCCUAGCGCCCGGGCUGCCGCUGAGGAGGCAAUGAGGAGGAGGGACAGAGAGCCAGGCGCCAGCGGGAGGCUGAGGAGAGGACUGCUCUACGGACACGCGAAGAUGAUGGAUGACGAGCGCCUGCGCUCGGAAGGAGGCGAUUGGCCUGAACCGUGCAGCUGGAAGGCAUCGGAAGGGGAGGAUGAGGAAAUGAUCGAGGAGCAUCGAGAACCGGAGGACAUGAAGGUUAGCAGAGCGCCCGAACUCAACAGGGCCAGCCGUCGUCCUACCGCAGAAAACCUCGCCGCCCCGCAGCCGCCGCUGGAAUGGCCCGAGAGGACCUACCAACUAGGAGACCUCAAGACCAUGGACAACGCCUCCCUCCCUCACCAAAUAACAGCUAAAGAGGUGGUGCUGGCCAUGUACCCCAAAUACGACCGCAUUGCCCACGAGAUUCAUGUCCGCAUCUGCAACCUGCCGCUGGUGGAGGAGAUCCGCUCACUCAGGCAGCUCCACCUGAACCAGCUGAUCCGGACCAGCGGUGUGGUGAGCAGCUGCACCAGCGUGCUCCCCCAGCUCGGCAUGGUGAAGUACAACUGUAACAAGUGUAACUUCGUGCUGGGCCCCUUCUUCCAGUCCCAGAACCAGGAGGUGAAGCCGGGCUCCUGUCCCGAGUGUCAGUCCCUGGGGCCCUUCGAGAUCAACAUGGAGCAGACAGUGUACCAGAACUACCAGAGGAUCACCAUCCAGGAGAGUCCCGGUAAGGUCGCCGCCGGACGCCUCCCGCGCUCCAAAGACGCCAUCCUGCUGGCCGACCUGGUGGACAACUGCAAGCCCGGAGACGAGAUUGAACUGACGGGCAUCUACCACAACAACUACGACGGCUCUCUGAACAUGGCUAACGGCUUCCCGGUGUUCGCUACGGUGAUCUUAGCCAACCACAUCACCCGCAGAGACCAGGGCGUCGCCGUGGCCGAGCUCACCGACGAGGACGUGAAGGCCAUCGUCGCCCUGUCCAAGGACGAGCGCAUCGGGGAGAGGGUCUUUGCCAGCAUGGCGCCGUCCAUCUACGGUCACGAGGACAUCAAGAGAGCCCUGGCCCUGUGUCUGUUCGGAGGGGAGCCCAAGAAUCCAGGUGGGAAACACAAAGUGCGUGGAGACAUCAACGUGCUGCUGUGUGGAGACCCGGGUACUGCCAAGUCCCAGUUCCUCAAGUACGUGGAGAAGGUGUCGAGUCGGGCGGUCUUCACCACGGGUCAGGGGGCGUCCGCUGUGGGUCUGACCGCCUACGUGCAGAGACACCCCAUCAGCCGCGAGUGGACGCUGGAGGCUGGAGCGCUGGUGCUGGCCGACCGCGGAGUCUGUCUGAUCGACGAGUUCGACAAGAUGAACGAUGCCGACAGGACGAGUAUCCACGAGGCCAUGGAGCAGCAGAGCAUCUCCAUCUCUAAGGCCGGCAUCGUCACCUCGCUGCAGGCCCGCUGCACCAUCAUCGCCGCCUCCAACCCCAUCGGCGGACGGUACGACCCCUCGCUGACCUUCUCUGAGAACGUGGACCUGACGGAGCCCAUCGUGUCUCGUUUUGACGUCCUGUGUAUCGUCCGAGACACCGUCGACCCCGUGCAGGAUGAGAUGUUGGCACGUUUCGUGGUUGGCUCCCACAUCAAGCAUCACCCGAGCAACAAAGAAUCGGGCGUGGCCUUGGAGGAAAUGAUUCUGCCCAACACGUCCGACGUGCCGCCCAUUCCCCAGGUGCUCCUGAGGAAGUACAUCAUCUACGCCAAGGAGCGGAUUCAUCCCAAACUGAACCAGAUGGAUCAGGACAAAGUGGCUCGCAUCUACAGCGAUCUGCGCAAAGAGUCCAUGGCGACGGGCAGCAUCCCCAUCACCGUGCGUCACAUCGAGUCCAUGAUCCGCAUGGCCGAGGCUCACGCCAAGAUGCACCUCAGGGACUACGUGCUGGAGGACGACGUGAACAUGGCCAUCAGGGUGAUGCUGGAGAGCUUCAUCGACACGCAGAAGUUCAGCGUCAUGAGGAGCAUGAGGAAGACGUUUUCUCGGUACCUGGCCUUCCGCAGGGACAACAACGAGUUGCUGCUCUUCAUCCUCAAACAGCUGAUGGCCGAGCAGGUGGCCUACCAGAGGAACAGAUACGGAGUCCAGAACGACACCAUCGAGGUGGCAGAGAAAGACCUGCACGAUAAGGCGAGACAGAUCAACAUCCAUAACCUGUCGUCGUUCUAUGACAGCGACAUCUUCCGCUCCAACAAGUUCAGCCACGACGGGAAGAAGAAACUGAUCCUGCAGCAGUUCUAGGAGCCCUCACAGACUCCUCCUCUCUUCAUAGUGCUUCAUGAACUCUUAUGGCAUGGCCCAAAAUGGGUCAUUGGGAAGAAACAUUUUUGGACUCCAGGUUUAGACUUUUUCUGAACGAAUGAUUGUUCCGCUGGAGGAAGCAGGCGGUAGAAGAUAAGGUGGUAAAAUGCAGCAAAAACACUCCACAAACAUGAUCUUUUGGAGCUUUAAAUGUUGUGCUUACCUGUUUAAAUCCUGAAGUAGCAUUGAGGAAGAGGGGAUGUAGAAGAUGAACUUACAGAAAGUCACUUCACCAGAUGAAGAGUUUGAAUGAAAACUAAAAGCUUAUGUUUGUAAAACAACCCAAAUGAAAAUCUUUUACUGGAAAAACAUGUAUAUACAUCUAAAUGAACAAACAGAAUUCACUUUUCAGAAACAAUCAGCGAUGAAAUCACUCUUCCUCCUGCAUUUUCCAUCUUCCCGUCUCUUUAGCCGCCCUCAUGUAGGGCCGAUUGUAAAUAAAUGUACAUGUUUACGUCCGUGUUAUUCAAGAAACAGGAUGAGUGUUUUCACUUGAUUCCUCUCUGUUACGAGCUGCUGUUAAGACUCACUGACACUUGAAUUUCAAGCUUUUUCUGCUCGGCGUGUGUCGACUUUGUUCAUGUGAAGUGAAUGAAGCAGUGUUGGAAAAUUAAUUAAAUACCACACAAAGUGCUUAAAAGAAAUGUUGGAUUGUAGGUCUAUUUGAUAUUAAAUAUUUGUCAAACA